AUGCAAAAUUCAUGUAGUAUAGAAGCGGCUCCAUUUAUUGAAGAUGAACAACAGGAUGCUAUAUUCAGUUCAGAGGCAGAAAUGAUAGGGUCUGUGAGUAAAUUAUGUCAUGGGGACCUCUAUGUCAUCGGCAGAAUUUGGAUGCAAACACUUAAAAAGGCCCUGGUUGGCUCCAAUCUAUCAUUAAUCCCAGUAGUAAAAGCUGCAAAAGCUGAAAAUGAACCACCACCAAAACCACCAAAAAUGAAAUACCAGGACUUACCCAUUUACGAGAGCCCACACUACGAAUAUAAAGAUUACAUCGAAGACAAAAAGAAAUGUCCAAAAGCAAACGUGAAAAUCCUUCAUACUUAUUUGUAUCCAAAGGUAAAAAGCUAUAGAAAAAGUUGGGUGGAUUCGAUACAAGAUUUCAAAAAAGACGCUGGCGAAUUAGCGUCAGAUGCAAGCGCUGUGUGUUACAAAAAGAAGGCUGAAUUCAAAAAGUUUAUGAGGGCACCUGAGAAUUAUGCUAUAAGACAGGCUGUGGUGGUAGCCGGUGCUGCAACUGGAUUCUACAUAGGUUCUGGAAAAGGAAUUCCACGAAAAGUAUUCUUUACAAGUCUUGGAGCGUUGGCUGCUGGUGCUUUAUGCUUUCCGAAAGAGACGGAUGAAGUUUUUCGACUUAUGUCAUAUAAUGUUGGAAAAUUCGCUCUGACCAUCUUCAAUAGGACUUGUGGUCAUAAUAUAACUUUGAGGGAACGGUUGCCUUGCCGUGAUGACAUGCCUCCACCUCCACCAGAACGGCCUGCCAAUAAAAAGAACCAAUGUCCACCGAAGUAA